AUCCCAUUCCUGUCUGCUGAUGCACAGUAGUCGACAAUGUCGGGCAAAGAUAAAUUACCAAUUUUCCCCUCUCGAGGGGCCCAAAUGUUAAUGAAGUCUCGCUUACAAGGAGCACAAAAAGGACAUGGAUUGCUGAAGAAGAAGGCGGAUGCACUGCAAAUGCGUUUCAGAAUGAUACUGGGAAAAAUCAUAGAAACCAAAACUUUGAUGGGUGAAGUGAUGAAGGAAGCGGCCUUUUCAUUAGCCGAAGCAAAAUUUGCUACAGGAGACUUCAAUCAGGUGGUAUUGCAAAACGUGACAAAAGCACAGAUCAAGAUCCGUUCUAAGAAAGACAAUGUAGCCGGUGUAAAUCUACCUAUAUUUGAGUCCUAUCAGGAUGGGACAGAUACUUACGAAUUAGCAGGUCUGGCCAGAGGAGGUCAGCAAUUGGCCAAACUGAAGAAAAACUAUCAGCGAGCAGUGAAAUUGCUCGUAGAGUUGGCGUCGCUGCAAACAAGUUUUGUCACUUUGGAUGAAGUUAUUAAGAUCACGAAUCGACGUGUCAAUGCAAUCGAGCAUGUUAUUAUCCCACGAAUUGAGAGAACGUUAGCUUAUAUUAUUUCAGAGCUUGAUGAGCUUGAAAGAGAAGAAUUCUAUCGAUUGAAGAAGAUUCAGGACAAGAAGAAGAUUGCCAAAGCAAAGGCUGAAGUAGAAAGAGCAGUAUUAAUUGCAGCCGGACACAAUUUGGACGACGCUACAAAUUUGCUCGACGAAAGCGACGAUGAUGUGCUAUUUUAAAUACUGUAAAUAAUAUUAUAAAUAUUAAGUGUUAAUAUAUCUAAAUAGAAAGAAUAUAAAUUUAUGUCGCCGUUACGACAGUCUCGUUUGUACAUUUUAGAGAAUGUCGUUGGAAAUCCCUUUUCCGCUUAAAAAAUCAGUUACUAUUUUUGUGUAUCUCUUGAAAAAUACAUUUUACAGUAUUUGUUGGGCAACAAUUUGUAUAAAUGAAUAAUUAUAUAUCAUAUAGAUCAUGUAUUA